UAGGGCACCAGUUUGACAACACCAUAGAUUAAUCAACUUUAUCUUUUACGGGGGAGUAGAUUGUUUUUAUCUCGUUAUUAAACUAUUAUUCCAAUAAAAAUACUCCUAAUACAGUAGCUCAAUGUUAUAAAUACUGUUUAACAGACAACACUAAGUCCGGAUCGCGCUGUCCCAUCUCCGGAUAACACAGAUUUCCUCCUACAAUAAAUAGGUUGUAAUUGGUGCGAUAUCUGCAUUUCCUACGAAUCAUGUUGGUGCUAGUGCUAGGCGAUCUUCACAUUCCGCAGCGAUGCAGCAGCCUACCGGCCAAAUUCAAGAAGCUGCUGGUCCCGGGUCGGAUCCAUCACAUUCUCUGCACCGGGAAUCUGUGCAGCAAGGAGUCGUUUGAUUACCUGAAAACACUGGCCAACGAUGUGCACAUCGUACGGGGUGAUUUCGAUGAAAAUAUGAACUAUCCCGAGCAGAAAGUGGUCACGGUUGGGCAGUUCCGCGUUGGCCUAACUCACGGGCAUCAGGUAGUUCCUUGGGGUGAUCCUGAGGCGCUGGCACUGAUUCAGCGUCAGUUAGAUGUGGAUAUCCUGAUUUCCGGACAUACGCACAAAUUUGAGGCGUAUGAGCAUGAGAACAAGUUUUACAUCAAUCCAGGCUCGGCAACCGGGUCGUACUCGGCACUUGAUUCUGCCGUUAUUCCGUCUUUUGUGCUGAUGGAUAUCCAGAGCACAACUGUGGUGACGUACGUGUAUCAGUUGGUUGGCGACGACGUCAAGGUAGAACGAAUUGAGUAUAAGAAAAAUUAAACUAAAUAUAUUAAUGUAUAUAAUAAUACCCAAUAAUGUUAUUGUAUCUGUCCGAUAAGUGAAAGAAUAAAAUUCAUUAUUUCCUAUUAUCCUUCA